AGCCUUAAAGCGUGCGAAAUUCGAGCAUCUAAAGCGAACACACCUUGAAGUAUAAAAAGUGCAUUUAAUAAUCGCGUCAUAUAUCGAUCAAACUUCAAAUUUCUUUCGAUAUAAAUAUAAUAAAAAUAAUACUCAUAAACGCCGUUUGCCGUGUAUCUGCCGAAAAUAACGAGACAGCUUCGCAGCGAUAUAUAAUAUUUAACCUUUCAUUGAUAUAGGAAAACAAUUAUUUGAAAACAAUUAUUGUAAUUUAUAUAGUUAGCAUAUAAGACGAAUUGUAAAUUGCGGAUAUGGCAUCCACAUCUAAAAAGCAUAUCACUGGUGCUGUUCGUAAGAAAAAUACAAUAAAAUUUGAGCUAACAGAAGAGCAAAAAGCUGAUAUAAAAGAAGCUUUUGAUUUAUUUGAUCCAGAUGGUACUGGAAAAAUUGCUACUAAAGAACUUAAAGUUGUUAUUAGAGCUCUGGGUAUUGAACCAACAAAAGAAGAAUUAAAAAGGCUUGUAGCGGAUGUUGAUCCAGAUGGUCUUGGCAAAUUAUCUUAUGAAGAAUUUUUAAAUAUAAUGACAGUGAAGAUGUCAGAAAAAGAUUCAAAAGAAGAAGUAUUAAGAGCUUUCCGUCUUUUCGAUGAUGAUGAUACGGGGAAGAUAUCUUUUAAAAACCUGAAAAGAGUUGCACAUGAAUUAGGAGAAAAUCUGACUGAUGAAGAAAUACAAGAAAUGAUUGAUGAAGCAGACAAAGAUGGCGAUGGGGAGAUAUCCCAAGAAGAAUUUCUGAAAAUUAUGAGAAAGGCAUGUUUAUAUUAGAUUAUUAUUGAAGUACGUAAUGUGCUUUUAAUAUGUGUUAUAUGUUCAUAAAUCCAAAAGAAAGACUGAUAUAUGUAUUAGCACAAUUAUAUAUUUUUAUCAAUAUUUUUUCAUGGUAUUUAUGUGAAUAUAUUUAGUAAGA